AUGGCCCGACCACAUUCAGAUAUUCGCUAUGAUCCGAUGCAAAAUACUGCUCCUGAACAAGACGACGGAGAUCUAUCGGAUGAUGACCUAAAAGCCAAUCCCGAUCAGAGUCAUGCCACCCUCUUAGGUCCCCCUGGCUCGACUCAGUCUGCCAGAUAUCCCAGAUCGUUCUACGCCCGCCUGUUUGCCGGUCACGGACUUUCAAAAUCCUAUAUCGCUGGUUGUGUCCUGAUAACCGCUGUCGUUCUCUCUGCCAUCGCCGGUAGCGGAUUCUGGGCAUGGAAGACUGGUCAGAGUCAAAUCAAUGGUCAAUCUCCUCCAUGGUAUCCCACACCGCCCGGAGGGACCUUGUCGUCAUGGCAAGUAAGCUACGACAAAGCUCGAAAACUGGUUGAGCGUAUGACCUUGCCUGAAAAGGUCAACAUCACCACUGGUACUGGAUGGGCUCAAGAUCUUUGUGUCGGAAAUACUGCGCCUGCCGUCAAUGCUGGCUUUCCUGCACUAUGCCUUCAGGAUGGACCCCUUGGCAUCAGAUUUGCUGACCACAUCACCUCCUUUCCUGCUGGCAUCACCGUUGGAGCCACUUGGAAUCGUGACUUGAUGCGACGACGAGGUGCUGCUCAUGCUCGUCAGGCCAAAUUGAAAGGUGUCCAUGUCCUCCUAGGCCCAGCCAUGGGCCCGCUUGGGAGAAACCCAGCAGGUGGAAGAGUAUGGGAGGGGUUUGGGAGUGAUCCUGUGCUUCAGGGUGUUGCUGCAUAUGAGACCAUCCAAGGAAUCCAAUCUCAAGGCAUUAUCGCAACGGCAAAACAUCUCAUUGGAAACGAGCAAGAACAUUUCCGCAAAUCUUUUGAGUGGGGGAUUCCAGAGGCUCUCUCAUCCAAUAUAGAUGACCGAACCCUGCAUGAGCUCUAUCUUUGGCCUUUCGCAGAAAGUGUCAGAGCUGGUGUGGCUAGUGUCAUGUGUUCUUACCAAAUGGUCAACAACUCUUAUGCAUGUGCCAACAGUAAGCUCAUGAAUGGAAUUCUCAAGGACGAGCUUGGUUUCCAAGGCUUUAUACAAUCAGACUGGUUGGCUCAGCGCAGUGGUGUGGCUUCUGCCCUUGCCGGUUUGGACGUAUCUAUGCCGGGUGAUGGUCUUCACUGGCUCGACGGCAAGUCUCUUUGGGGAAGUCAGUUGACCCUGGCUGUUCUGAAUGGGUCCGUUCCUCUAUCUCGACUCAACGACAUGGUCACCCGUGUUGUUGCUGCCUGGUAUCAACUUGGCCAGGAUGCAUGGCAAGAUCAUAUUCCGAACUUUUCGUCGUGGACAAAUGAUAAGUACGGUGUUCUGCAUGACGGAAGUAGUACUAAGCAAGAAAAAGUCAUUGUCAACAAGUUUAUUGACACCGAAAAUGAUGAGAGUCGAAAUAUCGCACGGCAGGUCGCUGCCGAAGGUAUCGUGCUACUGAAAAAUGAAGACGCCAUGUUGCCACUCACCCCUUCACUCGAGCAGCUGAAUGCUCAUCGUCGGAAAAGGGUGGCUGUCAUCGGCGAAGAUGCCGGUCCUGGCAAAGGUCCUAAUCACUGUGAGGAUAGAGGUUGCAAUCAGGGCACUCUUGCUGUGGGCUGGGGAUCUGGAGCCACCGAGUUCACGUAUUUGGUAGAUCCUCUGUCAGCCUUGAACGCCUCUUUUGAUCCCUCGGUCGUGGAAAUCACAACAUCUCUAGCCAAUAAGGUUUCUAGCAGCCUGAAGAAGACUUUAGCAGAGCAAGAUCUUUGCAUAGUCUUUGGAAAUGCAGAUUCAGGCGAAGGCUAUCGCUUCUGGGAGUCACAGAGAGCUGAUAGAAAUGACCUGGAAAUCCAAAAGAAGGGUGCUUCUCUCAUUUCCAGUGUCGCGCAGAGUUGUGGUGGGCCUGUGGUUGUUGUCAUUCAUUCCGUCGGGCCUGUCAUUGUCGAAGAGUUUGCAGAUCUGUCCGCUGUCAAGGCUAUUUUGUUCGCCAACCUGCCCGGCCAGGAAAGUGGUAACGCACUUGCUGAUGUCUUGUUUGGCCGAAUCGAUGCGUCAGGACGACUGCCUUACACUGUAGGUAAAGAUCUUGCCGACUAUGGUCCAGGGGCUCCAGUACUUUACUACCCCAAUGGUUUCAUUCCUCAGGUUGAUUUCAAGGAAGGUCUCUAUGUUGAUUAUCGGCAUUUUGACCGGGAAGAGAUUGAACCUCGAUAUCCCUUCGGUUAUGGACUGUCGUUCACCUCGUUCGAGUUCAAAGAUCUAUCCAUCACUCCACUGAAAUCGAAAUCAGCUCUCCCAUCGCCUCGUCCAAAAUCACUCAGUCCACCAAAGUUUGACGAGAGCAUUCCCCCUGCAGAAGAUGCCCUAUGGCCAGCUGAAUUCGGGAAAUUCCGAAAGUUUAUAUAUCCUUACAUCUCCAGUGUAAAGGAAGUAAAGAAGGGCACAUACCCCUACCCUGAAGGUUAUAACCUUGAUCAAGAGCCAAGUCCCGCCGGAGGAGCAGAAGGUGGCAACCCAUCCCUAUACGAAGAACAUGUAGCCAUUCAAGUUAGGGUUACCAAUACAGGAAAUCGGAAGGGAAAGGAAGUCGUUCAAUUAUAUGUUACACUACCUUCAUCUAUCAUGGAGCCCACAACCAAGGAGAUCAUCGACACCCCUGUGAGAACAUUACGAAACUUCACUAAGAUCGAACUUGAAGCUGGAGAGACCCAACUUGUUAACCUUACCCUGACGAGGAAAGAUCUCAGUUUUUGGUCUGUGAUCCGACAGAAUUGGAUAAUGCCUGAGGGCAAAUUUAACCUCGCUGUUGGCCGAAGUUCGAGGGAUCUUCCGUUACAGGGCGUGUACUAG